UUGGCCGGCAACAUCAGUUCCUCUCUACUUCGCCUGCCAUCUCUGAGCUACUUGGACAUGAGUCUCAAUGAUUUCCAAGGCAAUGAAAUUCCUGCCUUCCUCGGUCAGCUCAAUGAUCUGACGUACCUCAAUCUCUCCUUCUCCUCUUUUGGUGGAGAAAUUCCACCCCAGCUUGGAAACCUGUCGAAGUUACAAGUCCUGGACCUCUACGCGGAUUCCUAUGGUGGAACUGCGGCAGCAGAACUGAGAGCAGAUGAUCUGAAUUGGCUCACCCGACUCGCUUCCCUCAACCGCUUGAACAUGGGAUUCGUGAGAAUCAACACGAGCAAUGGUGGAGAUUGGCUUCAUGCUGUGAGUAUGCUGCCAUCUUUGGUGGAGCUGAAGCUCCAGUACUGCCAGCUUCAAGUCCUUCCGCAAUCACUGCCCCUUGGUACCAACUUCCCCUCGCUCUCGGUCCUUGAUUUGUCAGACAACUCUUUCAAUGCUCCAAUCCCCCAGUGGCUGUUCAACCUCACCGGUCUCAGGGAACUAUAUCUCAGAUGGAACUUCCUCCAUGGUCCUGUACCCAGUGAGUUUGCAAGGCUCAAAUCUCUUGAAAUACUUGAUUUGUCCAACAAUUUGGAUUUCGGAGGCCAGAUUCCUGGGCUCUUUGGAAGUCUGCGAAAGCUGAAGGUGUUAGACCUUUCAGCUAAUGAUAUGAAUGGUGGAAUCCAGGAGUUCAUCAGUGGAUUUGCAGGAAGUCCAAGUAGCAGCUUGAUAUUUUUGGAUUUGAGUUCCAACUCAUUGGAAGGCCAACUGCCUGACCUGUUAGGAGUUGUGCUUCAUAAUUUGCAGCAUCUCGACCUUUCUAGCAAUAGAUUCUGGGGUUCAAUCCCGAAUUCUGUUGGAGAAAAGAUGUCCUCUUUGAAGCACUUGGAUAUUUCUUACAACAACAUGAACGGGAGCAUCCCAGAUAGCUUUGGGCAGCUUUCAGCGCUGAUUGAUGUGAACCUGGUGGAGAAUUCUUGGGUAGGGGUUCUGAAAGAAACUCACAUGGUGAACCUCAGAAGCCUGGAGAAUUUCAAACUGACCACGGAUUCGAGCAAUCAUUCGUUGAUUUUCAAUGUCCCGGUGAAGUGGGUUCCUCCAUUCAAGCUUAAGUCCAUCCAACUUGAAAACUGCAUCGUCGGUCCUUCUUUUCCUGCAUGGCUUCAAGUCCAGAACCAACUUACUUCUGUGACCCUCAGAAAUGUUGGGAUUUCAGACACCAUACCAGGAGAGUGGUUCUCAAACUUACCUUCUGAGCUCACUUUUUUGGUCCUCUCAAGCAACCAAAUCACAGGGAAGUUGCCAAGUCAGCAACUGAAGUUUCCAAGGCUAAGCACCAUUGAUCUCAGCUCCAACAAGUUUGAAGGUCCUCUCCCAAUGUGGUCCACCAAUGCAAGCAUCCUUUACCUUCAAGACAACAAGUUCUCAGGUUCAAUACCCGAAAACUUCGGUAAACUAAUGCCAAGGCUUCAAAAGGUAUACCUUUCACAGAACCAACUUGUUGGUAAGAUCUCAUCCUCCAUGUGUGAUAUGCAGGAGCUUCAGAUUCUGUCUCUCAGGAACAACCGCGUUUCAGGAGAAAUCCCAGACUGUUGGUACCAUUCAUUCAUGUUUUGGGCCAUAGAUGUAUCAAACAACAGUCUUACUGGUAAAAUCCCAGCUUCAUUCGGUUCCUUGCGUUCUCUCAGCAUACUGUUGUUGAGCAGCAAUCGAUUUGAUGGAAAGAUUCCUGCUUCCUUGCAAAACUGCACUGGAUUAACCAGCAUGGAUCUUGGAAAGAACAGAUUCUCUGGGGUUCUACCUUCUUGGAUAGGGACAAAGUUCCAAUCCCUUUUUAUGCUGAAUCUGCAGCUCAACUCCUUCAGUGGGCCAAUAUUCCCACAGUUCUGCAGUCUCCCAAACCUUCAUAUCUUGGACCUCUCUGGUAACAAGUUCUCAGGGACUGUACCCAAGUGCCUUCCAAACCUGACAGCCAUGGUAGAAGGUAGAAGUGGGGAGGUCUUUGAACAGCUGUUGCUGGUGGCAAUGAAGGGAAGGAAAAUGGAGCUGGAUGCAAUUCUUGCAAACGGCAAUGGCAUUAACCUAUCUGGAAACAAUCUGACCGGCAAUAUUCCUGGUGAGAUCACGAAGCUUAGUGCCUUGCGAAUCCUGAACCUGUCGAGGAAUCAACUAAGCGGAGAAAUCACAAAUGGCAUUGGAGAUCUGCAGCACUUGGAAGCGCUUGAUGUGUCACACAACCAUUUAAUGGGUUCAAUACCACCAAGUUUGGCUACUAUAGCUUCGUUGCUUCACUUGAACUUAUCGUACAACAGUCUGCAAGGAAGAAUCCCCAUAGGGCUCCAGAGGUUCAACGACCCUUCUGUGUUCAUCGGCAAUCCCUCACUCUGCGGACGCCCUCUUCCCCCCUGUCCAAGAAACAAUGGUACCCUUAUUACUACAAUCAAAUAG